AUGUCCGAGCCAGAGUCCUUUGACCACGGCAAUGGGGGUCAAGUGUUGGACAUCCCCAUGUUUCAACGCGGUAGCGAAGGCAGCGGAUUCCACAUCAAGAACAAUCCUGAAGAUUCGUACCAACGCCCGGAAGUGAUUCAGCGGGCAGGCGCAGUUGCCACCAGAUGCACACUUAUCGACGCCGUUCAUGGAGCUAUGUCUGCGGAAAGCAAGUACUGGUCAACAAUUUUGGUAUUUGAAUUUCGGUUUGAUCCCCAAAAGAAAGCACGACGAAUUUCCAGAGCCACUAUUGAGCUUCGUUUCGACGGCUCCAGUACCACCAACUCUGUCCCAGAAGUCGAGGCCAUUUCUUUCGACGGGAAUUACAGCUUCCGCCCUAGCAAACAGUCGGAGACUACCACCAAGGGCUUUGAAACAAGCCUAGGGGCCAGUGCUGUAGUAGAAGCUAGUACUUCUAUCAAGUGGGAGAAAACGAUCACCCGAGAGACGGCUGAUGCAACGACUAUUACCGGCGGCAAAACUGUUAUGAAUAAUAUGCCACCAAACCGCAUUGCUAAGUGGACACUGUUAGAGAACAGCACGUUCGAGACAGGUGUUCCAGCUGCUAUCCGCGUGGCUGUACGGAUCAAGAGGAGUGACGAGGAAUGCAAGGCGGAUAUGUGGACAUCGCUAGAAAAUGUCUUCAGUCGGAUCCCUGAAGACGACCCUAUUUUCUUGAAGCCUGGAUUGAACACCAGACACGGACCCAUGCACUACGACAUGGAAGAAUUAGGAAGUGUUGAUAUACAAAAGCUUGGUGACGUAAAGUUCUCCCAAAUGAUGCUGGAUGAUUAG